AUGGGCUUGUUUCAAAAGCUCUCAGACCCGCCGUUUAAUGCCACAACACUAGCUAAAAGACUUAGAGCAUCGCCACUUUGGGCUUUGCGGCAAAACGCAGACCCACGAGACAUUGAACCGUUGCUUCUUGAUGCUAUUCGUGCUUGCAAAGCUUUGCAUAGACGCACCCAUAACUCUCACGAUCAGGCUACCACAAUCCAUACUACCGCGUCCAAGUCUCAUGUUACACAUGAUCUUCGCAAAGCCAUUGGAAGAUCGCUAAAAGAUGUACCUACAGAACCGCUUAAUCUUUUACGAGCUGUGUUAGACCGUAAUGUCUCUGUUCUUACUCCAAAAUGUGUCCAUGCCUAUCUUGUCACAACCCCAUCACCCCCAACUGAUCAUAUCCUGGCCCUCCUCAGACAGUACAAAAGCAAUGCUUGGGUUCCUCCACUGAUACCUUUAUCAAAACCAUUAUCACAAGCAUUGGUCCCCCCUGCAUUGAGAUCAUCAGGCACAUUGAUUCCACAAGAUCAAGAAAUCGAUGCUGACUUUGUAAGUCUCUGUUGGACCGCUGUGAGGUUAGCAGUGUAUCGUGAACAAUACGAUGCUGCUUUUGCAUUUGUAGAUAUUGCCACCCGCACUGGGCUUGUCCCGGACUCCUCAGAAGCACAAACUGCAAGCGUGAUAUAUACACACGCUGAUGGAACAGUAGACACAAUACCCCAACGUGAGCCCAGCGGUUUGAAGAAAUCAAAAAACUCACAGAUGCUUGAUGUUCAAGUAAAUCCUAAAGAGCAGCAACGUGCACUUCGCAUUCAAAACCUGAACUUGGUAUCUACACAAGUCUGUGCGGCAUCCACAACUCUUUUUUUCUCGGCACUUGCCGUCACACACUAUCUGGCAACACCGUUAGCACCAGCUCUUACAAUUUGUGCUGGACUUUUCCCUUCAUUUAUGUACCUUACAGUUCCUGCCUUUUCUGGGCAACGUGUUAAAUGGACACGAAUGGCGUUUUGGCAACAGGUUGCACCUGCGGUGUUUAUGCGCACAUCGUUUAUCACAGGAGUUAUCAAUUUCUGUACGAGUCUUGUUGCCGCAGUCCGGUCCCCUCGUACUCUUGUGACAAAUGCUUCCGCUGCGGGACUUGAUAAUUCUUUGGCACGUAAGCUUCUUGAGCUCCGAAUGACGGACUACAUUGCAGUUGCGUAUGAUGAGCUUGUGGAUGUUACUGUGGAUAAUUUCCAUGUUUAUGGUGAGAAACUUUCUCAACCCAAUGUUCUUACUCCAGAAACAUUAUACACCCACUCUUAUAACUACUACCACAAUGAUAACAACCCUACUACUACAGAGGAAAUUGCCUCUAAAACGAAUCAAUCUUCUUUUGAAUCCACUAAAGGUCCUGCUGUAAACCACAAUGCUGCUAAAACAGUUUUACAAGAACAGCUUGCUAGAAGACGAUUACGUAUUAAGACAAGCCCAAGUGAACAAACAUUUAUGGAUUACUGGACAUUUGCCGGACAAGGAUAUGAAUGGGUCGAACCUGAUCAGGAUCCAAGUGGUCCUGCACAAGCACGGUUAAGAUAUGACAAGAAAAAAGUUUGA